UUUGUUUCAUACCUCAUACUAUUCCAGAUAUGACGAUCCGAUUUGUGAGCUUUGGGAUGUUUAUCAUUGAUGAAUUUUCCUUUGCAGACGAACAAGGGAAACCUACUGGAGAGACUGUGGCACCCCAGAUCGGAGGCGGAGGAACGUAUGCCACUAUCGGUGCUCGCAUCUGGUUGCCUCCCGAUAACAUUGGAAUGAUUAUCGAUCGAGGAAACGAUUUCCCUCAGGACAUCCAGAAUCAGUUACUAACAUACGGUUCUGACAUAUGGCACUUUCGUGACGACAUGAAUCGUGUUACUACUCGAUCAAGGAAUUCCUACAGAGGAGAAUAUCGAGGCUUUGAAUACAUUACUCCGCGGAUCAGACUCACGCCUCGCGACCUGGAAAGAACGCGGCUUACACGUCCUGCUUCGGUUCAUUUCAUUUGUUCACCCACGCGUGCGCUUCAAAUCAUAUCAGAAAUCCAAGAGAUUGAAGGAUGGAAUCCGACCACAAUAUUUGAACCCAUACCUGAUAGAUGUAUUCCCGAGGAGUUACCUUCACUAAAAGCAGUCCUCCCUCAUAUCGCAAUCCUCAGUCCAAAUGCUGAGGAGGCCCUGAGCCUACUUUCUCUUCCCUUGGUUGUUACGAAAUCUGCUGUAGAAAAUGCUGCAUCGGAGUUCUUGAAGAUGGGUGUGGGUAAGGAAAAUAGUGGAAGCGUUAUAAUACGCAGUGGUGCUCUCGGCGCAUACGUCAUCACUUCUGACAGGAAAGGGCAAUGGAUUGACGCAUUCUGGAGUUCCACUGAGAAUAUCGACAAGGUGGUCGAUGUCACAGGUGCUGGCAACUCUUUUCUUGGCGGGCUCGCUGCGGGAUUGUCCAUCGCAAACGGAAACGUCUAUGAAGCAUCUCUGUAUGCUUCGGUGUCAGCCUCUUUCACGGUUCAACAGUUUAGUCUUCCACACCUUACAGUGGGCUCCAAUGGAGUGGAAGAAUGGAACCAAGACUCUCCACAUAGACGCCUUGAAGUUCUGCGGCAGCGACAAGACAGAGAAAUAGAAAAUAAAAAUCAUUAGAAGU